GCAACCCGGUUCCUCAGUGACCCAAACACAUAUGCUUCAGAAUGCGAUAUUCUUAUUGUCACAAGUGUAAUGCAGGCAGGCCAUAGCCUUGAUCGACAUUUCGUGACCAGCUAUGAUUUUCUUUUCAAUGGAGUGUUGACGUUCAGAGAAGAGUUGCAGUUUGUUUCUCGCCUUCGAUAUCUACAUCGUACGGAUAAAACGGCUCGAAGUCACUUUGUUAUCAUUAUUCGAUGAAUAUAGUGGAAUAUCUUCGAUCGCGCUACUGGCAUCUACUGUAUAAGGGCAACAGUACAGAGUGAAUAUGCAGACUCAUCCAAUCGCCAUUUACAUCUAUAGGCAACAGAAUACAUGCUUUCAAAUGUUCGUUGGAGCCUUCCGAUGGAUAAUAAAUUGGUUCACCAUACCCCAUACAGUGUAAAUUGGUUGAAAACGUUCGCCAACUCGUACUUGAAAAACCAGAGAAAGGGCAGCAUCCGUCUACUCAUGCAACACGGUAUCAAUACAGAUCACAACAUCUCUGACUUGCUUGAUGAGCUCAAAUACCGGAAUAUCGCCGAGAUUAUGGAUCUGCACAUCGCAAAUACCAAUGCAUCACUCAUAGAACGUAUAAAAUGUGAAGAGAAAGGCUGCGGCUUCAAUGUGGUUACUAAUCUACUGAAAGCGUCAUCUUUGAAAACUACGAGCACAUUGUCAUCAGGUUUGGCACCUUACUACCAGUUCAUAACCUUGAUGGACUACUUUUUGUUCCGCAUGCAACCAGAAAAUGUACCCUACGCACGUCGCUUUUGGACGAAUCGUACUGAAUACAACAAGUCCGAUUUGCUUGAGCUCGGUCGAAUGAAGUUCACCCAAAUGACAUUUUCUCUGGUUAAUAUGGUGUGUGGGUUCCCGUCCCACUUAGCUCUGACUCAGAGUACAUGGCCCCAUCAUAUAUUGAAGGAUGAUCUGCACGAUAUUUUUACAAACAUAAUAAAGCCGUAUGAAGCAGAAUGGACGACUGUAUUUCCACGCCAUAACAAUCUAGCAGCAGAUCAGCAUAACUACACAUAGCAAGCCGGACGAUACACGCCUAAUAACCUCCUCAGCAAAAUUUUCAAUAGGAAUGGCUUACAGCUUAACAUGAAACGUCUAUCGCAACCACCAAAUAUAAAAAAUAUUGCCCAUACAUUAUGCAUUGCACGUGCUAUCGUACAAGAAGAACAUUUCAGUGCAUUCCAGGCAAUAAUUCCGGAGGAAUUGUGGUCAGAGAUGCUGAUUUUGUGGGACGCAAAAAAGGAAGAAGCUGUGCGGCUCUCUUGAUAAAUGGUUUAAAUAUCGUUAAUAAAUCACAUCACAUUCAUCG